GUCCGGGCAACACCCCCUGGUCCAGAAUCAGACUGUGACAGAAGGCAGGACGGCCAUCAUGACCUGUAGAGUAGAAUACAAUGACCAGACGUCCCUCCAGUGGUCCAACCCCACACAGCAGACACUCUUCUUCGGGAACAAGAAAGCUCUGAGAGAUAACCGCAUAGAGCUGGUGAGGGCGUCGUGGUCAGAGCUGACCAUUAGUAUCAGUGAGAUCACACUGGCUGACGAGGGGAUGUACACCUGUUCUCUAUUCACCAUGCCUGUCAAGACCGCCAAGGCCUACCUUACUGUACUGGGGGUGCCAGAGAAGCCAGAGAUAGACGGUUUGACCAAGCCUGCCCUGGAAGGAGAUGAGAUCACUUUGACCUGUAUGACCCACGGCUCCAAGCCUGCUGCCAACCUCCGCUGGUUCAGGAACGAGAAGGAGAUCAAAGGUGCCAAGGAGGUGAAUGCCAGUGGAAAGACCUUCACAGUGACCAGUUCUCUACAGCUGCUGGUAGACCGGGACGAUGAUGGGGCAGCGUACACCUGUAAAGUAGACCAUGUCGCCCUGUUACAGACACCACAACAGACUACUGAAGUAUUGGAGGUGCACUAUGCUCCUCGUGUGUUGAUCACCCAGUCGUUGACGUUCCCUCAGGAGGGUCAGUACCUGAAGCUGGAGUGUGUCUCCAAGGGAAACCCAUCGCCAGACCCUGUGUUGUGGACUAAGGAUGGAGGAGAGCUACCAGACCUGGAGAGAAUGAUCGUACAGGGAAGAGAACUCACCUUUUCCGCCCUUAACAAGACAGACAAUGGCACCUACCGCUGUGUGGCCUCCAACCACCUAGGCACCAGCAGUGCAGAAUACAUACUCUACGUCUACGACUUCCCCACCACCUUCCCUCCAUACACCACCCCUGCCCCCCGCCCCACCAGACCCCACAUCGCCUCCUCAGACCCUACAAACAUCAACAACAGAGUCCAACCUGGACACGAAGGCAUCCCUGAGGUGUCUGUUGCUCAGGGACACGAAGGCCGUCCUCAUCCCCUGGACACGAAGGCCGUGUCUGUUGCUCAGUCCAACCUGGACACGAAGGCCGUGUCCUCAUCCCUGAGGUGUCUGUUGCUCAGUCCAACCUGGACACGAAGGCCGUGUCCUCAUCCCUGA